ACCUUUGUAAACCAUUCAGAAUGUCGAAUAGCUAGGAAGGGGCGUGAACAUAUUUCCUGUACUUGAUAUUUUGUUGUUGAGAAACUUCAGCGCGUUCAGGAGUCGGCUACAUUGUCAAGGAGCGCGGACACCUGUAAAGUCACUGAGAUAGAGAUGCAGAGGUAUCUGGUGCUCUGUAUGGCCCUGCUGGCCCAGGUCUCUGCUGAUGACUGCCCAGGAGGAGAGGCGUGUGAGGAGGGCAACACCUGCUGCAAGGUCCCCUCCGAUGGCUAUGAAUGUUGCCCAAUGUAUCAGGCUGAGUGCUGUGAGGAUCAUAUCCACUGCUGCCCUGAGGGAACACUCUGCGUUGUGAAUGAGUCCAUGUGUGUGAAUGGAACUGUCUCCCUACCAUGGGUGGAGAGAGUCUCUGCUAAACAGUCCAUAUAUCCUAAAUCUUUCAGAAUGAUCAGUGCAAAUGCCGGGGAUGAGGAUGAUAACAUCUGCCCUGACAAGUCCCACUGCCCCGAAGAGUUCUCCUGUCUGAAGGCCACUACAGGCUAUGGUUGCUGUCCUGUUGCUCAUGCUGUGCCUUGCUCUGAUGGGAAACAUUGCUGUCCUGAAGGCCACCAGUGCAACACAGACUGCAGCUCCUGCAUCAAACAGACAGAGCCUGUUGUUGCAGUGAUGUGCAGUGACAGAGAGUCUGAGUGUCCAGAGGGAACCACAUGCUGUGAGACUCCAGAUGGGAGUUGGGGGUGCUGCCCCAUGCCCAAGGCUGUGUGCUGUGAGGAUAAGAUUCACUGUUGUCCUGAGGGCAGCACCUGUGACAUCAAGCAAUCCAAGUGUAUAUCCACUACCAACAAGGAAAUGCCCAUGUGGGCUAAGUUCCCUGCCCGCAAGAGGGCAGAGUGGGAAACCCAGAAUGAAGUUGCCCAAGUGACAACACCUAUUCCAGACACUACCACCUCAGCCAAUAGGAGUCCUGCUUCUCUUUGGGAGGGUACUUCUCCACCCUUCAUUAGGACAGGAGACGUUCCCUGUGAUGAGUCAACGGCCUGUUUGGAUGGAACCACAUGUUGUAAAACACAGGAAGGAGGAUGGGCAUGCUGUCCUCUGCCACAGGCAGUUUGCUGCAGUGACUUUGUCCACUGCUGCCCACAUGGUAAGAAGUGCAACCUGGCUGCCCAGACGUGUGACGACCCCUCAGGCUCCCCCUCUGAGCCCUGGCUGAAGAAGGUUCCUGCCGUGCCUCGGGAGGGUAAAUUGCCAGGAGAUGUUACCUGUGACCCCACCCACAUGUGUCCCGACAACACCACCUGCUGCAAGACAGCGUCAGGAGACUGGGCCUGCUGCCCCUUGCCUGAGGCUGUUUGCUGUGAGGACCACGAGUACUGCUGCCCCCAUGGCACCACCUGUGACCUGGCUGGCCUCACCUGUGAUGGUCCCUCAGGGUCGGAGCCUAUGGUGGGGAAGGUGCAAGCUCUCACAACCCUGGCACCUGAUCAUGAAGAGGCAGCCACAGACCAGCAAGGGGUGCAGGUGGAUGACAUGGAGCUGCCUACAAAGGAUGACAAAGACGUUCCCUGUGAUGAGUCAACGGCCUGUUUGGAUGGAACCACAUGUUGUAAAACACAGGAAGGAGGAUGGGCAUGCUGUCCUCUGCCACAGGCAGUUUGCUGCAGUGACUUUGUCCACUGCUGCCCACAUGGUAAGAAGUGCAACCUGGCUGCCCAGACGUGUGACGACCCCUCAGGCUCCCCCUCUGAGCCCUGGCUGAAGAAGGUUCCUGCCGUGCCUCGGGAGGGUAAAUUGCCAGGAGAUGUUACCUGUGACCCCACCCACAUGUGUCCCGACAACACCACCUGCUGCAAGACAGCGUCAGGAGACUGGGACUGCUGCCCCUUGCCUGAGGCUGUUUGCUGUGAGGACCACGAGCACUGUUGCCCCCAUGGCACCACCUGUGACCUGGCUACCCUCACCUGUGAUGGCCCCUCAGGGCCAGAGCCGAUGGUGGGGAAGGUGCCCGCCCUCACAACCCUGGCACCUGAUCAUGAGGAGGCACCUGCAGACCACCAGGGGGUGCAGAUGGACGACAUGGAGCUGCCUACAGAGGAUGAUGAAAGUGACGAAGACGAGGAGUUGCACAGGACACAGUGUGACGCCCACACCAGCUGCCCAAAGGACGCCACCUGCUGCUUUAUGAAAUCCACCCAGAAAUGGGGCUGCUGCCCACUGCCACAGGCAGUGUGCUGUGCUGAUGGAGAGCACUGCUGUCCCAAAGACUACAUAUGUGAUAUGAGCAAGACUUCCUGCUCUAAGGGUGGGGUGGUGAUCCCAUGGUACAACAAGCUGGCAGCUGAGCCACAUGACAUUGCCCUUACUACCCCCCUCUCUGUGAAGUGUGACACCCAGAACAGAUGCCCUGAAGGCUCCAGCUGCUGCCAACUUUCCACAGGACAGUGGGGCUGCUGCCCCCUGCGCAAGGCUGUGUGCUGUGCAGAUGAGGAGCACUGCUGUCCACAGGGCUACAGCUGUAACAUGGGCUCAGGGACUUGCCAGAAGCUAAUGUUUCUUCAGUUCCAGACGGUACCCCUAACCCGGGUAUCUGCGCCUGAGCCCCCGACCCCACAGGAGAAGGAAAUCCACUGUGGGGGGCCGUUUGUCUGCAAUAAUGAGGAGACAUGCUGCAAGGCCUCCGCCACUACAUGGGCUUGCUGUCCCGUUCCAAAUGCGGUGUGCUGCAGUGACAUGAAGCACUGCUGCACUACAGGCUACACCUGUGGUGAGGGAGGGUCCUGCACCCAGUCCACUGGCUUCAAAUGGGACCACUGGCAGGUGUUCUUCUCCAACAAGAAGAGAGCCCUGCAUGUGUGACAACAUUGGGCCAACCGUUGGAGUGAUAGGCCCAAACUCCACCACCAGACGCAUUGCACUAAUGAAGGGACGCAGGAACUUAAUAUCACUGUUACAGUAUAUCAAAUUGUGUUUUUUACAGAGGAAAAAUAUUGUGUGCAUAUUUAGGAAAGGGAAGUGAAAAUAUGUAACAUUUUGCACCAUUGGUAGGUGCUUGGAAUGUUACUACAUUUACUUCAAGAGAUACCCAUGCUUGCUCAUGAACAGAAACUAUCAAGAUUGUCACAGAGGAGCAUAUAAAUGACAAGAACUUAGUACUGUUUUACAAUGUUUGAUGUUACCUUUUAAACAGGAAGUGUGUUGUUUUUUAGUUGAUCGUGUGAAGUGCAUUGUGCCUCAUAGUUUCAGGUAUACCUUUGAAAUGCUUUUUACAUGACAUUUACAUGACAUUUUUACCUUCAUUUAACUAGGAAAGUCAGUUAAGAACAAAUUCUUGUUCAGGGGCAGAACGACAGAUUUUCACCUUGUCAACUCGGGGAUUCGAUUUUGCAACCUUUCGGUCACUAGUCCAACACUCUAACCACUAGGCUACCUGCCGCCCCAUAUGCCCUCUGUCUUGUUGCUACCACGUUUUAAGUAAGACAUGGAUUAUCCCACUUCCUUGUGUUUUACAAAUUAUGCAAUUUUAAAUAGUCCGUAAUGAUUCUUGCUGUUGCUACCAAAGGGAAUUAAUUAGCUGUAAAAUGUGAAUAAAAAAGUCAUUGCCAAAUCA